ACAAGCAAUUGGCUGAGGGAUGAGUGACGUCGGACGCGAGACGCCGGGCCUACAGCGGGAGCGUGAGGGAGGCUGCAAAUUCCGUUUCUAGUCGUCUCUGGCUCCGCGGAGUAGAUACCAUGAGCAAAGCUCACCCUCCCGAGUUGAAAAAAUUUAUGGACAAGAAGUUAUCAUUGAAAUUAAAUGGUGGCAGACAUGUCCAAGGAAUAUUACGGGGAUUUGAUCCCUUUAUGAAUCUUGUGAUAGAUGAAUGUGUGGAGAUGGCAACUAGUGGGCAACAGAACAAUAUUGGAAUGGUGGUAAUACGAGGAAAUAGUAUCAUCAUGUUAGAAGCCUUGGAACGAGUAUAAAUAAUGGCUGUUGAGCAGAGAAAUCCAUGUCCCCUCCCCAAAGGGCCUGUUUUACUAUGAUGUCAAAAUCAGGUCAUGUACAUUUUCAUAUUAAACUUUUGUUAAAUAAACUUUUGUAAUAAUCAAAAAUGCUCUCUCAGAUUUUCUGAAUAUAGAAUAUAUACUCUUAUUUUAACUUUUUCUAACAUGAAUUGUAGACACUAAUACUCUCAUGGUUGAAAUGUAUUUCAAAGGGUUUUAUGCAUUAAAAUGGAACAAUCUUAUUAAAUGU